AUGUCGUUUGAACUCAAGGAGAAGGGCAACCAGCUCUUCAAGGAGGGGGACUUUGCCGGUGCGGAGGAUAUGUUUUCUCAGGCCAUUCAGAGGAACCCCAAAGAGCCCAGCUUCUUUACGAACCGCGCAGUCUCUCGACUGAAAUUGGAGAAAUGGGCCGGCGCGGAACAUGACGCUCGCACCGCCAUCCAACUCUACGGUCCCAAGAACCCCGCCAGCCUAAAGAGCGCCUUCUACUUGGCUCAGGCGUUGCUGGAACUCCAGCGACCGCAGGAAGCAUACGAUGUCGCAAUCGAUGCCUACAGAGCGAGUCUUGCCGCGAAGAGCCCGCAGACAGAAAAUCUCUCGAGGAUAGUGCUCCGGGCGAAGCAGCAGAUCUGGGCUGCCAAAGAGACCGCGCGGUUACGGGAAAUGAACGACACCCUGGCCAGCGUUGAGCAGCUGAUCGAAGCGGAGCUGAACAAGGAGUUGGGCGAGCUGCAGGCGAAACUGGAGAGGGGCGAGAUCGGUGAGAUCGGAUUCAACGAGGAUCAGAAGGCUCUCAAAGAAGAGGCGAACAAGAAGAUCCAGAAUGUGCGGGAAGCAUUUCGCAUCGCUACCAAUGGCGAAGUCCAGGAACGAGUUGUUCCGGAUUAUCUCAUCGAUGGCAUCUCCUUUGAGGUCAUGCACGACCCUGUGAUCACGCCUUCCGGCCACAGCUUUGAUCGCGUCAACAUCGUGAGGCACAUCGAGCGUGCCGGUGUCGACCCGAUAACUCGCGUGCCCAUGACUGUCGACGACUUACGACCGAAUUACGCACUCAAAGAAGCCUGCGAAGACUUCCUCAACAAGAAUGGCUGGGCUGUGGAUUGGUGA